ACCCAAAUCGGCUAAUCCAAAAAGAAAAAUAAUUGAGAAAAAAGAAAAAAUAAAUUGGAUCUUAUUUUUAAUUUUGGCGGCUGAGAAACAGCCAACAAAAUGACAAAUGUGGGAACGGAGGAAGUAUGAAUUCAAGAAAGAGAAGCACCCAGAAAUUGUUGCAUUUCCCAAAAUCUUUAUGAAAUUAUCCAAUUUCACAAGAUGCCUGCUGCUUGGAGAUUUCACCAUUUUAGUUCUACUUUCAACAUUGCAAGGAAAUUUCUAGGGAUUUCGCUGGCAGAUGCUAUCCCAUUAAGUGGCCAAAGAUGGCAUUCAUCAAUCGGAGGAAGAAACGUGUUGUUCAACAAAAGGCAGGCUAGAUUUGUACAGACAACAAUCCGGAUGUCAGUCCCUGGAACCUCGCCUGUAACCAAAGAAAAUAAGAUUCCAGACUAUUUGAGGGAUAAGAAAAUGAUUCCUGAUGCAUCUGCUCCCAGCAGUAAGGACGUUGACCUCUUAUAUCAGUUUUUUGACCGGAGCAAUAAGCUGGUGGUAUUGACUGGAGCAGGAAUGAGCACCGAGUCUGGAAUCCCAGAUUAUAGAAGCCCAAAUGGAGCAUACAGUACUGGUUUCAAACCCAUUACCCACCAGGAGUUUGUUCGUUCUGGCAAGGCUCGCAAGCGCUACUGGGCAAGGAGUUAUGCUGGCUGGAGGCGAUUCACUUCAGCACAACCAGGCGCUGGUUAUUUUGCAUUAGCAUCCCUAGAAAAAGCUGGAAGGAUAAGUUAUAUGAUAACACAAAAUGUUGACAGGCUGCAUCAUCGAGCUGGUAGCAAUCCUCUUGAGUUACAUGGCACUGUAUACACUGUGGGUUGUAUUGAAUGUGGACAUUCUUUUUGUCGGCACUCAUUCCAGGACCAACUGAGGGCACUUAAUCCCAAGUGGGCGGCAGCACUUGAUAGUUUAACUUUUGAGAGCCCUGGAUCCGACAAAAGUUUUGGAAUGAGGAUGAGGCCUGAUGGUGAUAUUGACAUUGAUGAGAAAUUCUGGGAAGAAGAUUUUCACAUACCAACUUGCCCUAAAUGUGAUGGAGUAUUGAAGCCUGAGGUUGUUUUCUUUGGAGACAAUGUUCCCAAGGAUCGAGCUGAGAUAGCAAUGGAAACAGCAACAAAUUGUGAUGCAUUGCUGGUUAUCGGGUCAUCUCUGAUGACAUUUUCUGCCUUCAGAUUAGUAAGGGCGGCUCAUGAGGCAGGUGCAUCUACGGCAAUUAUAAAUGUUGGUAUUAGUAGGGCUGAUGAUAUUGUGCCCUUGAAGAUAAGUGCGCGAUGCGGUGAGAUACUUCCUAGAUUGCUGGAUACCGGAUCUCUGAGUAUCCCGGCUGUUUACUCAUGAACCCUUAACGGCUCAAGUUGACCAUUUUUUGUUUUCAUUUAUGGCAAAACAGGUGUAUUGUAGACUUUAAGAUAUGAUCGAUAUCGUUGUUACCGUGUAAUACUUCUCAAGCUACUACCACUGCAACGAGGAAAUUCUGAUCAACUGUUGAUGAGAUGAAAUAAUGUUUGUAUUAUGAUCAACAAUUAAACUCGGGUUUAUGUUGUAAUGCUUGUACGGGUUAUAUUUUGAACAUUUUUGUGGUAGAUAUUUAGUCUAGGGUAAAGGGAUUUAAACCUGUGAAAUUCAUUGUAAUUAUAUGAACUAGGAAGUCCAUUCUUCUAUUGUAAAAUCAAGGAUUGAAAAAGGGAAUUAAAAAUGUUUGUGGUUGUUUUUUUUU